AUGGGCGAUCUCUCAAGCGAGAUCAUGAUGGAUAUAUUCGACUGUAUCUCUACCAUAUACCAUGCAGAGUUCAGCAACGGCGAACGACGACACCCGCACUUGAUACAGGAAAUGUGUGUCAACAAGCAUUGGCAUCGCAUCAUUGUGCACCAGGCGUCUCUAUGGGAUACCAUCGUAGCCUAUCAAGUGGCGCUUCUGAGGGACUCGGAUCUUUGGGCACGGCCUGGUCGACGACCUGUUACAAUUGCGAUCCCCGAGUACUGUUCGGGUACAACGGAGGCCAUCACUAUCAUGCAGCAGAUGAUGGAACAUGAUAGACUCCGUCGCACGACGUGCUUCCUGCUGCAUUAUCCACUUCUAGUUGGAGAACACCCUAUUGGCGACUCUGACCUCCAUCGUGCGCACCUGCGCGACUCGGUGAUGAGACUCGUGGCGGAAAGGAACAACGCUCCGAACUUGAGGGAACUUGACUUGUGUCUCCUGAUGGAUUAUGACAAUUGCGAUGUACGCACCGGAAAUAUACAACGUUUGCGUUUACGACAAGCCUGUCGUCCACCCAAUCUAAUGGGAUGGGCUCGUCACCUCCAAACGCUCAGCCUCUUAUCCGUUUCUGAACUCGACACGACGUCUUUCUUCAUCGCUCUUGGCCACAUGCGCGAGCUUACAAAUCUUGAAAUACGCUAUACACCGUUAUCUGUUGAAGGCCAGGGAGGUCCUCUGCAGAAGCACUCGCUGCGUACUCCCAGCCUUAAGAACAUUGAAUUGCACCUGGAAUUCGAGGACAUGAUUGAUUUCUGUCAUAUUUUUGACAUGCCUUCAUUGGAGCGCGCAGAGCUUGUUGUGUAUCGCCACACGGCUGGCCCGAUGGCGGAGCGUACGUUCAAAGUCCAGCCCAAGGGAGGGCCACCCGAUAUCGAAGCCAUACUGGGAGUUCUGACCAGCGUUGCCCGCCGUGGACGCUGCAACAACGUGGUCCUCGACGGUACAUUCAAGCUGCGGAAGUUCCAUAUACCACAAGAUUCCCAGGAGCCAUUUCGUAGGGAGACUAUGGCUGAAUUCCAUCCAAGCCAGAACGUUAGCCCAUGGAGCGCUCAGCAAGUGGCGAUGCGUAUGAUCCAUGACGCCAGCAGCAUGCGGCACGUAACGCAUGUUCUGCUCGAUCGAAGGGAUAGAAGUGUUGCGGGAUCUAUCCAGCAAUGGCGCAGGAGUUUGUUUGGUCUUACCAAUGCUGUCGAUCUAUACAUCAUAGGAUCGUCUGAGCAUGCGCAACUCAUUCUGUCAGCCAUGCUUCGUGUGGAAGGAGAGCAGAUGGUCCUUCCAUCUCUGACUCGACUGGCCCUGUUUCCCACCGAUCUUAAUGUGAAGCUGGUCGAUGUCAUCUUCCGCCUACUGUGUCAGCGUAUAUCCAGUGGACAAUCUGCUGAUAUGCCUAGGCUGACUAGAUUUGUCAUUACUAGAAACAAGGGAUCACUCGCCAGUUCACACGCAGAGGCCUUCCGCCAGCUUAUAAGUCUACCUUUUCCUAUAGUAUUUGGGUAG